AUGGCAAAAGUACCAACAACAGAACUUACUGAUCUUUCACAAAACAGACGCCUCUGGGGACAGCCAUCUCUUUAUUAUGAUGAAAGAAUUUUAAUUUCAGGCUUAUUACCGGAAAUCCCAAUUUACAGAGCCUUGAGAAGAAUCAAUCAAACAGUUACAGAACUAGUUCCCCAAGCUAAAUCAGAAUAUUUAACUAUUGUUGUUCCGAAAUUUUAUCCACAGCAAGAAAGAGAUUCGCUAGCAGCUAUGACAAAAGAUAAUGGGUUCAAACCGAAUAUCGCUGAUUGCACAAAAGCCGCUGCAUAUUGGUAUUUCCUUCAUAAUUCUGGAAAAACGGGCCUUAAGAGAGAAAAAGUUUUGUUUGUAUUCUUUGGAGCAUCUAACCUACAAUUCGUAUUAAUUCAAAACUAUAAAAAAGGCACAACUUCAUAUUCAGUUGAAAAAGAGUAUUCUUUCGAUGAUACGAUCGGUGGUCGCGAUAUCGAUGUCGCAAUUGCCGAUAUACUUGCUAAAAAAUACAAUCAUACAAUUACUCCUAAAAUUGAACAAAUUUUAUUGAUGGAAGCCAAAAAGAUUAAAGAAAAACUAACCAUUAUGGAUACAGUAUCCGGAAUGAUAGAUAGCAUUGACGAGAAUGGAGAUUUCCGUUAUCAAGUAACUCUUGACAAUGUUUUGGAAGUUAUUUCACCUUUACUUGAUAGAAUCAAACAAACAGCUCAGCGCAUUAAGAAGAUACCGGACAAAGUGUAUUUGCUUGGCGGAAGCUCAAGAAUCCCUACUUUUCAGUCAAUUAUCAAGAGAACUUUCAAAGCUGCAAAAGUAUACACUUCUAUGUCCAAAGAUGAAAUGCUUGCAUCAGCUGCUGCAAUGCUCUCCGCAGAAUUAAGCUCAGAAUAUCAAUUGCCGCCAUUAAAUUACACGUCUCUCAAGAUUUACAACAUGACAGUUAAAACUCCAGACAAAACUCUCCCAUUUGAAGGGAUAGUACUAGAACCAGACGAAAAAUACUGGGUAAAGCAGAACGGAGAGUAUUUCCCAACUGGAUCAAAUUAUUACAUGAUCUGGAACCAAGCAGGAGAGAACACAACGUUCAGACAACUCAAAGAUGGACGUUGGAGGUUCCAAAACCCUAAGAGUAAAUUGUUCCAACCUUGGAGAGCUCAAUUAUUGCUCACAGGAAGGAAAAUUGUUAAGCAAGAAGAUGAUAGAAUCGAAUUACAGAAGACUAUCAACUCAAUGGAACAGCUUCUCCUUCAAACAACAGAAGUUUUGAUGUCGAACCCGAAUUAUACGACACAAAAAGAAAGGAAGCUUCUUGAAACAGCAGCAAAGGUUACAAACAGAUGGUUCUUGUCUCAGAAGACUUAUAAUAUCACUACAUUACGUUACAGAUAUAAAUUAUUGGAAGAUGCCUUUUCUUCUGUCUUCACAAGAGCUCAAAAUGCUGAACUACUACCUCAGGCAUUGCAUAAUCUUACGCAAACUAUCAAAUUUGCCAAAGAACAAAUUUCGAAAUGGAGUUUAUCUCCGAAAUCGAAACAACCAGAUCGUCCUGACGUCAGGAAUAUAUUGAGAAAUAUUAUUGACGCAGAAACAUGGCUCCAGGAAAGAACAAAAAUGCAGAAGAAUCUUGAUUUCUUCGAUCCACCAAAAUUAACUUGGUAUGGAGUUAAAGAACAGACAGAUAGAAUUGCUGACUUGUUGGAAGACGUGAUUAAAGGUCUCCAAGGAGCUCAUCAACAGCAGCAACAGCCACAACAGCAACAAAAGGAAGGUGUUUAUGUUUACCCUCCAGAAUCUGUUAAUGUUAAUUACAAUAAUAAUGUUAAAAAUUGA